GGUCAAGAACUCGGUUAGAUUUAAGCAGGGCAGUGGCUCCCAAUAGCCUUUCCAAAGAAAUAAAAAUCCAGAAAAGAAUUUUUGAUAUUAUUCAUUUACUCCAACUUUCAUCAAAAACUUGAAGAUGCAGAACAAAUCAUGGUGUGUUGCCGCCAUCUUCGCUCUGUCUAUUUUUCAGAAUUUGGCCUUCUUUAGGGUUUUCGCUACAACACCUUCGUAUUACACAGCUGCUGUCUUCGAAUAUGUUCAAACUCAAAAUUGCACCUCGGAUCCGGAAGAAGCGCAGGAAGUGUUGCGGUUUAAUUUAGAAAUGUACAUUCCAGCCGCCAAACUUGCAAGAUCAAAAGGAGCCGAUAUACUCGUAUUUCCAGAAUAUGCUCUUUUUCCAGAAUGUAACAGGACAGAGACGACUCUUUUCUGCGAGAAAACACCGGACCCAAAAGAAAAAGCCAACCCAUGCGUUGAAGUAGAACGAUUUAAGGAUUCGCCAACACUCAGAACUCUCAGCUGCUUGGCGAGGAAUAAUUCCAUGGUUAUCCAAGCGAACGUCGGGGAGUAUUUACCAUGUGAAGGAGAAGAACCCGCAUGCCAUCCUUCUGGAAAUCUCCAGUACAAUGCCAAUGUUGUCUUUGACAGAGAUGGAACAUUAAUCUCACGGUAUCGUAAAGAACACUUAUGGUACGAGCCACAUUUUGACCUUCCUUUUGAAAAACAAUGCCCCAUUUUCACAGUCGACUUCGGCACGUUUCUCUCAUACGUGUGUUUUGAUAUAUUUUUAGAAAGGAUUAUUGAAACAAUAAAGGAGGACGUGAUAGAUGGCAUUGUCUUUUCGACCAUGUGGGAAAACACCAUGCCACUUGGAAUGACAGUUGAGUUUUUCGAAGCUUUUACUAUAAUGAUGAACACGACUUUGAUGGCAGCCUGCAUCCAAUUACCUGGUCAGUGGGCUGUUGGAAGCGGCAUUUUUAGUGGACCUUAUGGAGCCUUAGCCUACACUUUUGACCCUGAUGGAAUCAAUAAGCUCGUAGUUGCCAGAGUCCCUCGCCGAGAUCAUGUUUUGGAAGAGCCCGAGUCCAGCAUUACUGCUAUUUUCUUUAAUGGAACUACUUCCGAGUGGAAAUCAGAUGGAGUAUAUGUUCCGGAAGAAGGUUCUGAUAUAAUUUUGCCCCCUGCCAGAAAUUCCUCCCACAAUCGUUAUCAUGUAAUAAACAUGGAAAACUAUACCCUUCAUCAAAUAACCCUUCCGCAUUCAUACAUGGAAGAAUGCAAUAAUGGAAUGUGUUGCUCAUUAGAAUAUUCCGCUGAUGCUAUUACAGAAACGUACUAUUUCGCUGUAUUCAACGGCACUCAGGACACAUUCUAUCCCUAUUACUGGGGAGAGGAGGACUGUUUGCUUGUAAGAUGUGAUGCUGCACAUGGCAGAGAGUGUGCAACUUUCCCAUUGUGGACGAAUGAUAUUUUCCACCACGUUAACAUAACAGCAAAUUUCUCAACGCCCUUUGUAUAUCCCACUGUUGUGAAUGACCAUUUCCGAUUAGUUCCAUACAAAGACUGGAAUUAUAAUACAGAAUAUACGCUACGUGGACAUCAAUCAAAUAUUAACUUUGACAGCGAAAAAGGACAACCUUUGCUCGUUGCAGGUUUAAAAGGUCGUUUGUAUCGUGAAGAUCCUGAAAGUAGUUUCUUUUAAAUCCAUGUAAUAUGCC